AUGCGACCCAUUUUCUCGGUUCUGCAGCGGGCCGCUGCGCCUCGAGCAUGGCAGCACACCAUCUCCUCUGCCCGCAGUCCGCGCACAGCAUUCAAGCUGGACUCGAUCUGCACAAGAUGUCGUCGCCAGCAGAUGCAAGUGCGCUUCUUCAAUGGCCAGCAAGUGGGCGACGACCAGCGUUGGUUAUCCGUCGUGGACCACCCCGCACAGAUCGUCCGAACAGGCCGCAAACAUGGACCGGGGCUGAUAAUUCUUGCGUUGAUCCCGAUUAUCUCUUUCGCUCUUGGAACGUGGCAGAUACAACGUCUAGAUUGGAAAACAAAUUUGAUCGCGAAAUACGAAGAUCGGCUUGUCAAAGACCCUCUCCCGUUACCUCCGCGAGUUGAUCCCAGUGUCGUCUCGGAAUUUGAUUAUCGCCGUGUCUACGCUACAGGUCGAUUUCGGCAUGAUCAGGAGAUGUUGAUUGGGCCGCGCAUGCGUGAAGGUCAGGACGGGUUCAUAGUUGUUACGCCGCUGGAAAGAGGAGAAGGAGAGAGCACAGUGCUGGUAAAUCGAGGUUGGAUUUCCAAGAAAGUGAUGGACCAGAAGGAUAGGGUCGAGGGGCUCCCACCGACCGAAGUGACUGUCGAGGGCUUAAUACGAGAACCGUGGAAGAAGAACAUGUUUACCCCUGAUAACAAGCCCGAGGACGGGAAAUUUUACUUUCCAGAUGUUGAACAGAUGGCUGAGCUGACCGGCAGCCAGCCGGUAUGGAUUGAGCAAACGAUGGUCCCAGAUUUCCUCGAGGCGAUGACCCGGGAAGAAAAAGGCAUUCCGAUCGGCCGGGCAGCGGAAGUGAACCUAAAGAAUAACCACAGCCAGUACAUCUUUACAUGGUACGGACUGUCCCUCGCGACGUCCAUCAUGCUGUGGAUGAUAGUUCGAAAGCGUCCCAAUGAGGUCACACGCCGGGUUCGCCAGAAUAAAAACUGGUAA